AUGGUACCUACAGUGACCGCAAAUGUUCCGCGCCAGCAACAGCAGCAACAGCGUAUCCAGCCAUUAGUGGGUACACAAGGACCACACCAAUACAGCGCAACUCCAGUCGCAGCCACACGGUGUGCUUCUCACCAGACGGGAGUAGAAGGGCUUCAUCGCGGUGCCCAAGUCCCCGCUGUGAAUGUGAAAGCCGCGCGAACGACGCCGCGCAUUCAGCAAGAGCAGUGGCUCAUUAAUGCGCAUCCAGAUCUCCAAGGAACGGUUAUAACGAUCAUACCAGCCAUUUCCGCCGAUCAAGGCACUAUCGGAUCUGCUGUCGAUCAGAAAGAUGAGAUGCUAGUACCACGCGAUGUGUGGCGCCUUCGCUCCCUAACCUCCUACAAACGUUAUAUCGCAUACCGCCAAAUGGCAGAGCUAGGACGUCAGAUGAGCGAGUAUGACCAAACUAGCAAAGAAAACCAGUCGCUAUGGAAGCGUAUCACAACCUUCGAAGCGAGCUUGAUUGGAGCCGAGGUGGAGUUUGCGAAUAGGUUCAAGCAAGAUACAGCUGAAACUAGGGCAAGGUGGGAUCGGAUUGUAGCGGCUCAGGCAGUUGGGACUCUAGUCGACCAGGAUAUGGUAGCUGCCUAUGACCAGUAUUGCGGCAUUGCAUCUGGGACGUCCCCGAUGGAUGUCGCAGUCACGACUCGUCUGCCCACAUCUGGUCAAGUUCUAGCAGGGCAGAAUCCACUGCCACAGCCCCAGACUUCUAGAGCCCCUGUAUCUAUCCUCGCCCCGUCAAUACCGGUAGAACCCAUCAGACCAGACCAGGUAACACAUCCCCUGGACAAGGUUUCGGUUCCUCCACACCCCGGCGAGCUCGAGGACUUCAUGCCGCACGAAGUCACCGGAAUGUACAAAUGCAACCACCAAUGGUUGACCGGGGCCUGCUGCACAGAAGGAGUCACAAAGGAAAGAAAGAGAGCUUCAAUCUCUAGGAAUAAAUCGGUGUGGAAAAGAAAGAUGGAAGAGUUGGUCAAGAAGGGCGACUUGCAUGAGAGUCAUAUGACUUGGAAGACGGAACAGUCACCCAAUAAAAAGGAAGACCAGAAGACGCAUCAUGCAGAGAAAGAGCGAUUACGGAGUGAAAAGAAGGCGGAUACCAGCCCGAAGAAAGAAGCGAGACAGGAACAGAGGAAGAAGUGGCGAGAGCAGCCACACGAUGCGACCGAUGCAGGAGCUGCACCUGGACCUAUUCUGGCACCGAAUUCGCUUGAACAGAACGUCGCGUCUACUUCUGAAGUUGAUUCUGAGCUUUCUCCAGAAGAGCAGGCUGCUGCCGCUGAGGCCGCAUUUCAAGAGGAAGUCGCUAAAAAGCUAAAAGACUACAAGCACAAACUCAAGUACUGUGAGCGUCUAGAGGGUAUGAAGAAGUGGCCUAAUUGGCCACGCUUCAAUGAAUAUUGGGAGAUCAAACAUCUUGAGGCUCAGGGUUUGCAGCUCUCACCAGAGCAGGUAAUCAUCUCGCAGAGCGAUGAACCGUCUGGAAUUCCAGACAAGAAUCCCGCGUUUACUAAGAAAAAGGCUGAGAGCCCAUCAGUGCCCACUGAGGAGCCGUUGAGCGUGGAAGAGAGUGCUGAGGUUGAUGAUUCGAAUUUGGACGAACUGUUCGAGGAUGCGGAAGAAGCCGUCCAGUAA